GAUAUGCUUUCUGGUUUAUUGAAGACAGCAGAAACCCUGAAAGUAAAAGGCUUGGCAGAAGUUUCAGGUGACCAGCCAGCACAAGUUGCUAACCCAAUGCCACCCAUUUUGCGGCUAGCAGCAUCUUCCCAUGGCCCCCGUUUUGUUACUCAAGAAAUGUUGCAACAUUCCCGGCAGGCUUCGCUUCCCCAGAUGGUGCCACCCAAUAGCUCUCCAUUAACCACAGCCCUCAAUGCCCCCAUGGUAGCACCUCCCACACUUGCUCCUCUUGCAGCUCUUCUUAAUCCAGAGCCAUACACACACCACGAUCAGACACGUCCCCGGCGUGACAAGUUUGAAAUGGAGCACGUGUCCACACGUUUCUGGGGAGACGGGUCCGCGUGCGGUACGUGUCCACACGUGAUCCGUCAAGAAGGGGUUAAGGGGACCAUCCCAAAUUAGGUGGAGGUUAAAGGGUCUAAUAGAGUUAGUAGCCUAUGUUAUACAUACAAGAAUGAAGAAACUACCAAAAGACUAAUUGAGCCAAAACCAGCUUAUUUCUUGGGAGAUACAAGGGCAUAAGCACUAACAGGCAAACUUCAAAUGCAGGUAAUCAGAGCCAGGUAUAUCUGGAUGGACUUUUGCUUGUUGCAAUCUUGUAUAUAGCAUUUGAUAAUGACAUUGCGCAGAUAUGAGUUUGUGAAUGUCCAAAGAACACUUUUAUACCAAUAUCAGAAAAAAUGAAAACCACAAUGAUUUACGAAGAAAUAUUUUGUAAUCUUUUUUUCAUUAAAAAUGGGAGUUUUGCGUACAAUUAUACAUGAAAUAUGAUUUCCAUCAAGACUCCCUGGUAAUAUGCUGUAUUUUAUGUAGGGUCUAUAUGUGUACUGAGCAUGAAGUACUAAUGUUAAAAAAUAAAUGUAUAACUAAUAAUGAUAAUUUUUGGUUUGGAAUAGCUCUAGCAGUUGGUACCUUCCACUGCCACAAAUUUGUUUUGAUUUAAAAUUUGUUUCUGUUGUAACAAGCACUUCAAUACAAAGGCCACUCCAUGGUUGGAAAUUUGAACUUCGGUAAAAUAAGUGAAAUAUUAUUUUAUGUCAAAGAUGGUUGUCCCCAAUAACACCUGCUCUAAAAUAAGAACUAUAUGAAAUUUUGAAAUUGGUCUUAUCCAUUUGCUUUGUAAGGAGUUCAUACAGCUAACAUACAGUAAAAAACGUAACGUAAAAAAACGCAACCUGAGGACAAUACCCUUGGUCGUAGGUACCAUAAGUACGGAAAAUGACGACCUCACCCAGGCGUCCGAUCAUUUUGUUCAUUAUUUGCAAAGAUAAUGCACUCAAAUGCAUGAACACCAACAAUGUAAUGAAUUUCCAUGUCCAACAGUCAAUUUUUACAAAUAUCAAUAAAGAAAACAUUUUAUUUAGGGCAACUAAUAUUUUUUCUGUAUGUAAAAAUGGGUUUACUCCUAUUAAAUGAGGAUGAUUAAAACAGUUAAUCCUAUGUGUGUGUAUUUACAUACAUAUCGACCUUCUCAAAAGAUUAAAACCACCCAGUGACCAGCUCCACCUCCCCCACCUCUUUUGGAGCAUUGGAAACCUUGGAAAUUCUCACAAUAAAAUAAUUUUACACAUUUGCUUCCAUAAUUCACAAAUCUGAACCAAUAUGUUGUAUUCAAACUAGAAUCAUAAUCACAUAAUUUUGCACUGAUAUUGCCGUCCACGGCUCUCCAUUUCUUCACAAUCAGAUUUUCCAAAAAAAAAAAAAAAAAAAAAAAAAAAGUAAUUUCUGAUUUAGAUUAAUUUUCUAUGGAAUUUAAUACAUUUAAUGAAUAUUUCAGAUAGGAAUCUCUACUUUCAUAUAAAAAAGAAAGAAAAGGAAAUAGAUACCUUUACAAAGUAUGGUCCCUAUUAAGAAAACAAUAAUUCUGAUUAAUUUGGUAAUAAUCUUAUCUCAAAAUACACAAAUUGUUUUUACACACACACACACAUAUGUAUGUAUAU